AUGGGGAGCAUAACCAUUAACAUUUAUGAUAAAGAUCAAACUUUGGAUUCACAGGAGUGUUUGGAAAGAUAUUUUGAAAUUUUAGAAAAUAUUCAAGGUAGUAUUGCUGAAUUUGAAAGAAAGGAAUAUGCAGACUUCAACAAGGAUUGGGAAGAAUUAAUUAAAUAUAUAAAUGAACAAAAAAAAAAAUUAAAGAUAUGCUACGAUAGAAAUUUGUUAGAAAUUCACUUAAAUAGUGAUGCCGAUAUAAGCGGUUUUUAUCGAAAAUGUAAUGCAAAUCCUAAAUGUCUUAAUUACAUCUCACCACAAGAUAAAAAACUUACUGAAUUAAAAGAUGAUACAGAAACAUCAUGCGAAGGUCGCAACUGUGGAAAAAAAGUAAAAGCAGCAAAAGGAAAAACGGGUGUAAAAACACCACAACUGAAUGAAAAAGGCUCUGUAAUGAAAACUUUAGAAACACAGAAAUCACAAGGUCAAGGUGAAAACCAUGUCGAUGGAAAAGAACCAAGGCAGGAACAAGUAAUUUCACAGGAUCAUCCGCAUGUAAUAUCUCUGAGACCUUCUGUUGAGCCUAAAAGUGACGGGUCUGAACCAAAACUUGAUCAUCAUUCUAAUCCUCACAUACCAAUAGAUAAUCCGACACAACGUUUAGGUAUCGCCCCGCAACCGACACAUCGUGCACUAGAUAGUAAUCCAAGCGAUUCUUCUCUACAAAAUAGCUCUGAAGGAGAUUCUCCUUCAAUUGGUACAUCUCAAGGAAAAACUCCAGAAACAGUUGCUUCUCAAAGAGAUACACGUAAUAGUCAAACCCUAAAUGAUAAUGCGCAUGGUAAGCAAGCCGUUGGAAGUCAAACCUAUGAAGAACAUACCUCUGUUGAUAAAGAUGCUGUUGUGGCUUCUGCCACAGAAAAUCGUGAUGUGGGAACUUCUAUUAGUGGAAAUCCUGGUCAUAGAAAUCCCCCUCCUAUAGUUACUGAUGGAGCAGUUGAUGGCAGUAUAUCCCUUCCUUCUGUAGGUGCUACUGGCAUAAAGGGUACUACUGAAUUAUCUGGCCAUGCAAUUUAUAGUGUUGAAUGUACUACUGGAAGUGCUCUGCCAGGUGAAGUUGAUACCACUAAAGCUGCUGGAAAUUCACCCACUGACAGUAAAGCUGCUGAUGAAGUUUUGGGUGUUGAAGCUAAACAGGAUAAGGUCCCAUGUAGUGAAAAUCCUUGUAACAAUGACUCUCAUCAGGUAUUUUCUGUUGGAACAUCUUGCAGUGAGGCUCUUUCAAAUUGUCAGAAAAUACAGGGUAAUCGAGAUUCUUCUGCUAGUGUAUCUAAUUCUGCGGAAUUACAGAUGGACAAUUCUACACAAAGUAAACCGCACACUGAACAAGAAGCAUCUGAUCAAGGAAAUGAAUUACAAAAAGAAAAGACACGAACAGAUAGAGAAUCCAAUCAAGAAGUUCACUCAGGUAAGGAACAUCGUUCAAACAUGCAACAAUCACAAACUCAGGGAGGUCAUGAAGGCUCAACAGAAGGUUUACAUCAUGUAAAUCAUGAAACAUCUGAAGGAGGUAAACAAUAUUUACAGGAUAAACAUCCUCAACCAACUACAUGUGUACCUACUAGUACAAUUAAUGAUGGUGAAACUUUAGUAAGUUCACAAAGUAAUCGAAGUGGAGCAGGGGCUACAGGUGAAGCAGUUACCACUGGAAGUGGUAAUGUACUGGAUAUAUUUAAUAGGUUAUUUAGUAAUGUACCAUAUAAAGAAUACAUCAUGAUGGCUUUAGUACCCUUAGCAAUUAUUCUCUUACUAACUUUCCUCAUUAAGUUCACCCCUUUGGGGACAUUUUUCACAAAAAAAAAGAAGAAGGAACAAAAAAAGAUGAAUGAAAAAUUACAAAGGGUACUUUCAGAAUAUCCAGCGCAAAUGAAUGAAAGAAAUAUUCCAUUUUCGUAUAGCCCUUUUGCAUAUUCAACACAAUGAUCAAUAUGAAUAAUAAAAAAUUGAUCAUUUAUGUUCUCCUUUAAGAAAUAAAUAAAAUAUAAACUACUCUUUUUUGUAGUAAUUUAUUUUUAGUUGUUUUUUUGUUAAAUUGGCGUAUCAUCGUUUGCAUGAUAUCGUUAAGAAUUUACAAUUAUAAAAAAAUUUUGUGCAAAUUUAAUUUUCCAUGUGCUAGCUAAUAUACACAAUAAACGCUAGUGCAUUUAUUCAUGAGCACAUAAAUUUUGCAUAUUUUACGAAAUUGUAUUAAUCUCUUUAACAGUGAAAUGUUUUUUUUUUGUACAUUUAUUUAUAUAUAAUUUAAACGAAAUGUCUAUAUGUUAUUAUCACUUAUAGUUCUUUCUUUUUUUGUCAAAAAUGAAGAUAAUAACAUUUUUUACGUAUAUGUGAACACUGUUAUGUCUUCUUUUUCUAAAACUGAAUUAAAACAUUUUAUUAAAUUAUUGUUAUAAUAACCUUUAG